CGCGCCUUAUGCAGAAGAAUAUCUCUUCAUAUUUCAAAUCAAGUAAAAAAGGAGAAGAUUCAAAUGAUUAGAUAAAAGAAUAAUAAUUCAUAGAUGAAAACCUUAAAAAGGAAAAAUAAGUAGUUGUUGGAUAAAAAAUAUGUUCAUCAAAAUCAAAACAACAUAAUAUAGAUAUAAAAGGUGGUAUUCUAUUUAUAGAUAUGGCAGAAUUAUAUGAAUAAGUAUUUUGUAAUUUAAAUGAAAGGUUGGUGAAAUAAAAGGAUAGAAUUCAAAAGAUGCAAUAAAAGAAUUGGUAGCUAAAAUGUUUAUAAGAAUUAUGAAAGAAAAUAGAGAAGAGUUUGUACCAGCAUACUUAUUUAGUAUUCUUAAAUUAGGACCUGAUUAUGAGUCAUGGGAAUUAGGAAUUGGUUAAGGAAUAAUAGUGAAAUCCAUUAGUGCAGUGUCUGGAAAGAGUGUAUAUAUAAUUUAAUUAUAAAAAGGAAAAAUAAGUUAGAGAAUUAUUAAACACAUUAGGAGAUUUGGGUCUGGCAAUAGAAAAAUCAAAAUCUACUUAAACAUCAUUAAAUAAAUUUUUUGUAUCUUAAAAUGUUAAAGAAGAAGUAAAAUUAACAAUGAUUCAAGUAUUUAAUACUCUUUAAUAAUUAUAAAAACAAGAAGGAACAGGAAGUUCAUUAGAAAAAGAAAGAAUUUUAACUAAUCUCUUAAGAAUAGCUAAACCUAUUGAAGCUAAGUAUAUAGUAAGAUUCAUUGAAAAGAAUUUAAAAAUUGGAGCAGCUGAAAAAACUAUGUAAGCUGCUUUAGCUAGAGCAUUUUAAUUAUAUCAUAAAGGGAAUAUUGAUGGUGAUUAUGAAAGUAUUAUCAAUUAAGCCUUAUGUGAAUGUCCUAAUUAUCAUAAAAUUAUUGAUACUCUCUUUAAUAUUAAAAGUUUAUAAGAAGUACCUAAAUUAUGUCACAUAAUACCAGGAGUUCCAUGUAAACCAAUGUUAGCUAAACCUAUGAAAUCUAUUUAAAUGAUAUUUUAAAGAUUUGAGAAUAUGAAAUUUACAUGUGAAUAUAAAUAUGAUGGAUUGAGAGGAUAAAUACAUUUUGAAAAUGGUUAAGUAAGUAUAUUUUCUAGAAAUCUUGAAAAUAUGACUCAAACUUAUCCAGAUAUUGUUAAUUAUAUCUAAACAAAUUAUUAACAUUUAAAUGGAUUUAUAAUAGAUUCUGAAAUAGUCGCAUAUGAUGUUGGUAAUAAUAGAAUACUACCAUUUUAAACUUUAACAAGUAGAGCCAAAAAGAAUGUAGAUUAAAGUUAAAUUGAGAUUUAAGUUUGUCUUUACAUAUUUGAUUUAUUGUAUUUAAAUAAGGAAAGUUAUUUAAAAGAAACAUUAGAAAAAAGAAGAUAGAUUUUAAGAGAAACAUUUAAAGAGGAAGAUGGGAAAUUAAAAUUUGCAACAUCAAGAGAUUCUGAAAAUUUUGAAGAAAUUGAAGAGUUUCUGUUGAAUUCAAUAAAAAUGGGAUGUGAAGGAUUAAUGAUUAAAACUUUAGAGAUAAAUUCAUAAUAUGAACCAGCUAAAAGAUCAUUUAAUUGGUUGAAAUUAAAGAAAGAUUAUUUAGAUAAUGGAUUAUCUGAUACUUUUGAUUUAGUACCUAUAGGUGGUUGUUAUGGAACAGGAAAAAGAAAAGGAUUUUAUGGAAGUUAUUUAUUAGCUUGUUAUAAUGAAGAUAUGGAUCAAUAUGAAACAACUUGUAAAAUUGGAACAGGAUUUAGUGAUGAAAAUUUAGAAAAGUACUAUGAAUUCUUUUAAGACCAUAAAAUACCACAUCCAUUAUAAGAAUAUAAAUGUGAUGGUGUUAAUAUGGAUGUUUGGUUUAAUCCUGUAAUAGUUUGGGAAAUUAAGAGUGCUGAUAUUCAAAUUUCACCUAUUUAUAGUGCUUGUUCUACAAUAUUAUAAUAAAAUAAUAAAGGUGUAGGUUUAAGAUUCCCAAGAUUAAUUAAAGUUAGAGAAGAUAAGAAACCUAAUGAAGCAACAAGUGCAUAAUUUUUAUAUGAUGUAUAUAAAUAAUAAGCAGUUGUUGCAAGUAAUAAUACAUUUGAAUAGGAUGAUGAUUUUUAUUGA